UCUUGAAUAAAUUACGAGUGUCCUUUUGUUGGGAAUUUGAUACCGGAAUCUUCCUUCUCUCACACACUUUAGCUUUAGUUCCUUCAAGACGUUCCUCCUUGGUAUUCCGCCAAGGAGGGCGAUAUUGAGGAGCCGGAAUUUAAAUGACAAUUUACAGGAAAUGAAGUCACUAACCGAAUUUAACUGAUUUUUUCGAUGGGAAAAUUAGUUUUUUGCCAAGAAAUUUCAUUAAUUAAAUAAAUUUUGUGAAAAGAAAGAUAAUUUUCCGAUUUAUCUGUCCUUGCGGGAAAUGCUUCAAAAUUCCCUUUUCCUUGCCCCGGUGUGAGAAAGUGAUUCACAGAAGAAGGAACAAUGAGAAAUUGGGCGGAUCUCUGAGGUGAUUCCUCGGAAGCGCCGUGUUAAAGGAAAUAAAAACAGACAUAGGGAGAAGGGAACAUUUCCUGGGAAUAAAAAGACUUCAAUAGGCUCUCAAGUUGCUCAUUCCACGUCGAGACUCGGUACUUUAAACACGAAAUUAGCGAAGAAAUAAAAUUACCUGUUGAUUCUGAAAGUUAAAAAUCUCGUGCCAAAAGUGAGAGAAGAAGAAAUUUAAAAGAAAAUGGAUAUUCGGAAAAUAAGGAAGCCACUGAUGGAGAAGAAACGACGAGCACGUAUCAAUGAUUCCCUGGAUAUCCUCAAAGAGAUCAUCAUACGGAAUGCAGGGCUCUUUCCCACACACUACAGUCGCCCCACGAAGCUGGAGAAAGCAGAUAUCUUGGAGUUAACAGUGCAAUAUGUGAGGUUGCUGCAUGAGAAACUGGUAGCCACGGAGAGUGUCGUCAGUGACUGUGUCACAUCAACAACAUGCGAUGGAGCAGAGACCACAAUGCGUGCCCCUGUGAAAUUCAGAUUGUCUGAUGAGAAGGAAAACUUGCCACAGAUACUCAAUCAGCUACCAUCCAAGAGUGCCUUCCGGCGCAUUGAUACCAAUCCACUUCCAUCAAACUCCAAACAUUGGAGACCAUGGAGGUGAUCCGUGGAAUACACUGAAUUGUUUUUUU